CCGAUAUAAAAAUAACCAUGCCUCGGGCCUUCCAUUGAUUACUACAAUUCAACAAAAAGGCAAUUCUAUGCUUAUAAUAAAUUUAGUAGUAGAUUAGCCGCCUAAAGAGAAUUAUUAGGUAGGGCAAACCUUUUGCUAAGAAGUUAAUAGCCGAGCAGCGGAUAAACCAUGAAAUUUGGACUAUUUACCAUAGUGGCUGUAAUAGCCAUAUUUACAAGCUCACUACCACAGGGCAAUGCCCUGAUGGAGGAUGCUAUUUUAGAAUUCCUUGAGGAAUUGCGUAUGCGUAUGUGCCAUCCCAUACCAAAGUUUGGACUACCAGCAUUGGAUCCCAUAAAAAUUGAUCAUGUUGAAACCAGUGUGGAUAAUCAAUAUCUGGUUGAUUUUACUGGAUCUUUGACAAAUUUAGCUUUGACUGGCUUAUCGGAUUUUGAUGUGACGUCUCUGAAGAUUACAACAACACCUUUUAGAAGAUCCAACAUGGAAAUUGUUAUGCCCAUGACCGUUCUUAAGUCCUUGUAUACAGCCAAGGGCUCCAUAGCACGUGUAGUUAACUUGAACGGAGAUGGAACUGCAGAUGGCCGCUUGGGAUCUGCCAGAUUUGCCAUUUCCUGGAUAUUUAGUAUUUCUUUAAGCAGUGUUGGUAUUCGUGGCUUAACAAUUGAGCUAAGCAUUGGAGAACUUUGGGUAAAUAUUGAAGAUAUCAUUGAAGAACCUCGCAUCAAUGACUUCUUCCAUGCUUUAAUCAAUGAAUUGGGUAUUGAAUUAUUGAAUGAUGUUUGGGUGGAAGCGCAAGAAAAGGGCAUUGUUGGCUACGUUGAGAAUUUGGUGAAUGGCAUGCUUGGUGGUUAUUCUCCCAGUGAUAUUUUGAAAAUCAUCGCCGGCAUUGGAGGCGGUGGUGGUGAGGGAGGUGGUCCCUUCGAAGGCAUUCCCCCAGAUUGCAAAGAACCUAAGGAUUUAGUAUAGAAUAAAAAUAAACAAAUGUGAUAUUUUAUGUAAAUACCCCUGCAUUUUCUCCUUUUGUUCAAGGCCCAUGGUGUAAUCAACACAGAAAACAAGAAAAUUUGCAUUUGACGACUUA